AUGAAAGACCUCUUGAACGGGCGCAAGCUGUACCCGCACCAGCAGCGGGCCGUCGAUGAGCUGCUCGGCACCCAGUGUGCGGCAGGCGUCUACUUCCUCAAUGCACCCACGGGCUGUGGCAAGUCCAUCAUGUCUGUGGCUCUCUGCGCCAGCGCCGGCGGGAGCAUUAUUACAACCACCAAGGCGCUGCAGUGGCAGUACGAGGCCGACUUCCCCGAGGUCGCCCUGCUGAUGGGUCGCGGCAACUACCAGUGUGCUCUGGCCCACGAGCACGAGCCCCUCGAGUACCGCAUCGACGUCGGCGGCGUGACGAAACUAACUACUGUUCCCGUCGUCAACCCGUGCCCGCUGGACAUUCGUCCCGCGUGGACAGACAAGGAGGGCAAGGCCGUCUACCCGACCGGCCCCCACUAUGAUGAGUGCGCCUACCCGGAGGCGGUGCGCCGCUUCACGGCAGCCCGUGUCACCGUUUCGAACUUUGCUCUCCACUCCUUCCGCCCCAAGGAGGCGGACUGCAUCGUGGUCGACGAGGCCCACGAGCUCGAGGCUACCAUGAGAGAGUGGGGCUCGCUGCGCCGGGCGCUGGAUGAGAGGCCCAUCGGUGGAAUCUGUUUCCUCGCGAAGCGCCUGGCCAGCCGGUCCGCACCCUGCAAGGCCUUCUUGGAGGCGGCCCGCGACGUCCAGCCCCUUUCAGAGUGUAUGUCCGGCGUGGACACCGACGAGGCCUCCGAUGCCCCCCUCGCGUUCGGCUCGCCCAUGUACAACGGACUCAUGCGUUACCACGCGAGUGUCAAGGCGAUGAUGGGCAUGCUCGCCCACGUCCAGGGCGCGCUGCUCAAGGGCAACGAGGACCCGGUCGCGGCGCCGCUCGCGAGGCUCGAGGCUCUCGACAAGAAGCUGUGCUGGGUCCGGGACGUGCCGCGCAACUACCUGGCCUCUCUUAUGUCUCACUACAGCACGGGGGAGCGGGAGCUUCAUGUCACACUACGAAACCUCGCCCCGAUCUUUAAGAAGCUGUUUGGUGCCUACAGGCGCGUGUACCUGGUGUCGGCGACCAUCGUGAACCCGGGGACGCUGUGCGCGGUGCUGGGCAUCCGAUACUCGGACACACACUCUGUCCACAUGGAGUCGCAGUUCCCGGCGGCCAACCACGCGAUCCGUGAUAUCAGCAACAACGUCCAGGUCCUGGCCCGCACGCUGCACGACCAGGUCAGGGACUGGCAGGCCGGCCUGAUUGACACGAUCCUCGACAAACACGCUGGCCAGAGGGGACUGGUCAUGACGGCAUCCCACGAGCAUGCCGAGCUCAUAGUGCGUUACACGAAGCCGCGGUCGAGCCGCCGCAUGCUGCUCGUCAAGUCAAACCUAGUCCCCGUCCAGUGUGCGCUCGAGCUGGCAAGGGACGUCCCGGACAUGGUGUACGUAUCGAGCUCAAUGCACACGGGCGUGGACCUGCCCGGCGACUUGUCGGAGUUCCAGAUCAUUGCCAAGAUCCCGAGACUGUCGCCACACGACCCGAUCGUCAAGUACAACCGGGGCAAGUUCGCGGAGUGGUACGACGACCAGGCGGCCAUGGGGGUGAUUCAGAGGCUGGGGCGCAGUGUGAGACAAAAGACGGAUAUUGUACAUUCCUAUUUCCUGGACCGGCUGACCGGCCCCAUAUUCCGCCGACUCCCCGAAACGAUGGUUGUGCGGUUUGGCGCGAUCGACGAUAUGAAAUAA